GAAAAUCUACUUGCGAUGCAAGCAGCGCGAGACCUUGCAGCUCGAAGAGAAGAGAGAAGGCGCACAGAACUGCAGGUGUAUCAGCAAGAAACAGAGGAAGAAGACGUGUACAAGAGGGCUACAGAGGUUUCUCCAGGCUUUAAUUACCUAGGCAUUGGCUACGAUGCCAUUAAAGGCAACCCAUUGGGUGACCCGAACCUGAUGGGGGAUCCUGGUCUGCGCUCCCCAAUCAUCCGCUUUUACUUUCAGCCAGACGCCGAAGGGGUGUCCAGCGAUCUAAGCGAGCUGCAGCCGCGUGGAGCAUACAGCCGCCCCUUUGUGGCAUGUAAGCAGUCCGAGAACUUGACAGAGGUCGCAACGAUUUCGGAUUAUGUUAAGGAGUUAGAAACAGAUGCCGCACUGGCCGGCGGAGACGCUGUUGGCCUUAACAGCUUCUCGGCCUCCGCAGCCUACACAGAGCUCGCGAAGAAGGCAGUGAAGAAGAAAACAAGGACUUUUCUCCUCAAGACGUACUGCCUUCGCUAUGAAGCAGGACUUGCACAAACCGACAGCUUCAACUGGAACUACACAAUGGCCUUUGAUGACGCUGUGGAUGGGUUACCUGAAGUAUUUGAUGGCAGUAACAACACAGGCUGCACUCCAACACUCUGGAGAGAAAACACCCAUGACUCCCUGUGUAAUAGUACGAAUGUACGGAGGUGGAUGGACUUUAUAGACCAGUUUGGCACGCACUACAUUGUCCGCCUCUUCGCAGGUGGGAAGCUGACGCAUCAGAUUACAAUGUCAAAUUCUGAUAUCGCCAAGAUGAACAGUUCUGGAGUGAAUAUAAAGAGUGCGCUAAAGGCGACAUUUGGGGUUGGUGGAGCGGCAGGUUCGGCCAGUGUUGCUCGGGACUCGGAGCAGAAGGAGCAGAUGAAAAGGUUUAAUUACGAGACUGAGACCCUAAUUAUGGGGGGCAGAGUACCUAGUGAUGUCUCGGACCCGGACUCUAUGGCAGAUUGGUCAGAUUCGGUUGAAGAACUGCCUAUGCCGGUUAAGAUUACGCUGCAACCGUUGGGAAAUCUCCUACCUGACAAAAAGAAAGAAGGAUUCGAGAAAGCCUACAGGUUUUAUGCAGAAGCAAUUGGCAUGUCGAAGUCUGACAUCUCUGCCUUGGGCGGAGGAAAGGCGCAAUCUGUAGGGGAAGCGCUACGAAGCGGAACUCAGAUGAUGUACGCUGGUGAUCCCCCCGGGUAUAUAAUGUGCCCGCUGCAUGAGAGGAUCAUGUUGGGCUUCGCUUUGCAACUAAACUUCUACGAGAUAAAUGGAAUUAAAAAAAGGGCAGCCAUGAAGUCCUGUGCCCCUGGCAGAGACAAAUGCGACGGUCUAGAGCGGCCUGCAGAAGAAGGUGAUGAUGCGCGUAUUUAUGCUCUAUGCGGCAGCGAGCCAAUAGCGGGGCUUGAGCAGGUUGUGGCUCAAAACGCAAUGAGAGCAGUGGCCGUCUGCCCCGAGGGAUCAGUGAUUCUAUCAGGAUUUGGGCUGUCUCUAACUGGGGGUAGAGCAGGUGCCGCUCAGACUCUCCUCGUGCCUUGCCGGGCAGGCCUCAACAGUUGCACGGCCCUGGGGCCAAUGGGCACCGAGCAGAACUUGGUGUGGAUUGCCUGUGUAGACGAAAAGACGCCUGGCCUCCAGCUGAUUGUAAACGAGGGCACUAACGUAAACGCCAUUGCUACAAAUAAUUUGGAGCAAGAUGGACAAGUUUCGGUAGAAUGCCCAAGUCCCCUUGGUAUCGCCCUAGGUGAGACAGCAGCAGGGUUUGUGAUGGAGAUUCACACAAGAUUUAAUAAAGUAAGGGAUCGGUUUCGCGAAUGCACAGAUAAUGAAGUGAAAUGCUCGCAAACAGGAAAGGGUAUAUCUGAGGCGUUUUUCUACCGGAAGAAGGACACGCAUUCACUCCUUGCAUACAUAACGUGUGCUGAAGUGUCCAAUGCUUUGGAUAAAACGACAACUGCGGAGCAAAAAGAAAUAACUUAG